AUGCCCAAACACCCCAUCGACACGGCCUCCGUCUCCGGCUCCUCCACUUCUAGCGACAACUCCUCGUCGCGCAAGCGCAAGCGCUCUUCCAAGAAGACCAACGGCGGCCGCCGCCACGACAACACCGACAACGCGCCCGCCGACGAGCACAAGACGACGACGACGACGACGACGACGACGAGCAAGAAGCCAUUCGCCGACAAGCAGCACCUCCUCGCCAACGGCAACCGUCGCAACUCGAUAUCCAAAGCCGCCCGCGAUCCCCGCGACGAGGCCCGCGCCGUCGCCCUCCGCCAGCCCGCCCCCGUCGUCGACCAUGACGGUCUAAGCCGACCCGCCAAGGGAACCCGCGACCGCGUCCAGGAGACACCCGAGCAGGCCGCCGAGCGCCUGCAAAAGAUGCGAGCCGCCGUGCGCACCCUCCUCGAGUGCGUCGGCGAGGACCCCGACCGCGAGGGCCUCCUCGACACGCCCUCGCGCUACGCCAAGGCCAUGCUCUUCUUCACCAAGGGCUACCAGGUCGACGUCGACGACCUCGUCAACAACGCCCUCUUCAACGAGGGACACAACGAGAUGAUCGUCGUCAAGGACAUUGAGAUUCACUCCCUCUGCGAGCACCACCUCGUCCCCUUCACCGGCAAGAUGCACAUUGGCUACAUCCCCCGCAACACCGUCAUCGGCCUCUCCAAGCUCCCCCGCAUCGCCGAGAUGUACGCCCGCCGCCUGCAGGUCCAGGAGCGCCUCACCAAGGAGGUCGCCAACGCCGUCAUGGACAUCCUCAAGCCCCAGGGCGUCGCCGUCGUCAUGGAGUCAUCCCACCUCUGCAUGGUCAUGCGCGGCGUCGAGCAGACCGCCACCUCGACCAUCACCUCGUGCGUCCUCGGCUGCUUCGAGCGCAAGUCCAAGACCCGCAACGAGUUCCUCUCCCUCGUCGGCAUCAACCGCUAG